CAGGGCUGGCCCCUCAAGCCAAAUAAGUUUUGAACCCGAAUAGUUACCCCAUAUACUUCAGUAUGUGAGAAUCUCUUGUCAGCAGCAAGACCCCCCCAAAGUUAGGCUGUUGUUCUCCCCCAGGAACUGGGAAAUUGGCAGCUAUCUCCCUUGAUGUUUGCAUUUCAAAAAGAUGGCUACAAGGUCCCAGAGUUCCUGGGUUAUGAGACUGGCAAGAGGCAGAUUUAGCCAUUAUAAAGCUUUACACACAUUUGAAAAGGACCGCGAAAGACAGUCUGAAAGAAAGGAGAGCAGGGAGAAGUCACGUCCCUUAUUUUCAGCAGGGAGAAUUAAGCCUCUUGUUUUUCAUUUGUAUUUGCCCUUCCAGAUGUUGUUUGUGAGGCGUGUAGUGCUUAGGUGUAUGUUGUGUUGACAUUGUGGUGAAGUGUGUCUGUCGGGACGUCUGCUGUGAGGGGGGUAUGUAUGCUGUUGGAGGUAAUUCGGAGAGUUGGUUAGUGUUGAAGUGUUGGUCUGGGGUGUGUACUGUGAGGAUUUUGCACGUGAGGAGGGGCGUGUGUGAGGGGGGUGGCGUUCAGUGGAAAUACUCAGCUCACAACAUGAUUGGAGGAAACAAUAAGGGGGAUACCCAGGAGGUCUGAGGCCUAAUUCCCUGGUUUCUAAAAAGCAAUCCCCAAUCCUCCUGCCUCCUCCUCUAUAGCCGACGGCUUGAGGACUACAAUUCCCAGGAUCCCCCGCUCCUCCACCAACCAGGCAAACGGCUCUCUUUAGUGGGCGGGCCUGGGAGAAAGCUGAUCAGGAAGAGAAGCAGCUUGGCCAAUGGGGGAGCCGGGCCGAAUCGAAACCUACGCUCAUUGCGCCGAGGCUGAUUGGAAUCUUUGGCGCCUUGGUUUCAGUGGUAGAUGCGUGAUUGGCAGAUGCCGCGACCAGUGAAAAGGCAGGAGGCGGAUCCAGGGAGUGUGGGCGGGGACACGUGCUGACUAACGGGCGGUUUGCCCAAUGAAGAGCGGAAGUCGCUGGAGGGGGCCGGGCGAAUUGGCUGGGGGCGGGCCACUGUGGUGGCCGUUGGUGUGCCAUGGCGGAGCCGGUGAGGAAACGGGGCCGGGGGUCCCGGGGCGGCAGUCGAAGGGCUCGGGGAUCCUGCGGCGGCCGGGGCCGGCGUCCUCGCGCCCAGCGGUCUCCAGCCCGGCGCACCCUGGACUCGGUGCUUGUGGACUUGGUCAGCGACAGCGAUGAGGAUGUUCUGGAGGUCGCAACGGCGUCCAGCGCUGCGGACCCGGUGGAGUCCCCGCUCUCGGAGCCCCCCGUGCCGGCCGCGCCCCGGGACGACAGCGACAGUGACAGCGAAGGGGCUGGCGCACAGCCGCCUGGAGCCCCGCGGGCCCCGGUCAGGCGGCGGCGGCGGCUACUGCUGGAUCCUGGGGAGGCGCCGGUAGUUCCAGUGUACUCCGGAAAGGUGAAGAGCAGCCUCCACCUCAUUCCAGAUCGCCUCCUAAAACUCUGUCCCCCAGGGGCUGAGGAAGAGGCGGAUAUGGCAGAUUCUAGCAGUUCACAUGCUGAAGAUCCCCCAUUUCCAGAUUCUCCUUGGAAGAAGAAGCUGAGGAGUAAGAAUGAAGAAGAAAAGAAAAAGAAGGAGUUGCUGGCUCAGGAUACCUCUCCUUUGCCCCCACCUCUGCCAAGGACCAAAAGCAGAAAGCACACUCAGGCACUCCAGAAGUUAAGGGAGGUGAACAAGCGCCUCCAAGAUCUCCGCUCCUGCCUGAGUCCCAAGCAGUGCCAGGGCCAGGACCACCUGAGCCAAGAGGACGAGGUGGUCCUAGUGGAGGGGCCCAUUCUCCCAGAGAGCCCCCGACUCCUCCCGCUCAAAAUCCGGUGCCGGGCUGACCUGGUCAGAUUGCCCGUCAGGAUGUCGGAGCCCCUACAGAGUGUGGUGGACCACAUGGCUGCCCAUCUCGGGGUGUCCCCAAGCAGGAUCCUCUUGCUCUUCGGAGAGACAGAGCUGUCCCCUACUGCUACCCCCAGGACCCUAAAGCUUGGAGUGGCUGACAUCAUUGACUGUGUGGUGCUAGCAAGUUCUCCAGAGGCUGCAGAGACGUCCCAGAUGCUCCAGCUGCGGGUGCAGGGGAAGGAGAAACAUCAGAUGCUGGAAGUCUCGCUGUCUCGAGAUUCUCCUCUUAGGACCCUCAUGUCCCGCUACGAGGAGGCCAUGGGACUCUCCGGCCACAAGCUCUCCUUCUUCUUUGAUGGGACAAAGCUUUCAGGCAAGGAGCUUCCGGCUGAUCUGGGCAUGGAAUCCGGGGACCUCAUUGAGGUCUGGGGCUGAAACCCCACUCCCUGUUUGGAGGCCCAGCUUGCACUUGGGGAGAACAGCUGCCCCUUUUUGGCCCCAUAAGGCCUAGCUGAAGCUGAGGUAGAACUUCUCUUUAAGCUGAAGCAAAAUCAAGGAAUGCUCUUUGACCCCCUUCCCAUUGACCGUGGUUUGAAGCCGUUAGUUAGCUGGUUGGUUGUGUGGUCGUUGUUGCUGCCCUGGGUGCACUGUGGCUCAUCCACGUGUGCUGAGCUCUGCAGCCGCCUGGGACGUGGAGAAUGUAUCCCUCACCCCCGUCCUUUCACCUCCACCAUCACCCUGUCCUUCGUGAAGAUGUCUAUUUUAUGAAACUGCUCAUAUUUAAAGAGUGAGUUAAAAUAAGUAAGUGUUGGGUAUGGGAUUCCAGGCCUGCGAUUUAUACCAUGUUUCGGAGCAGCAGUGGCCUUAAUGUCAUUUGGGGGUUGGGAGUGAAGUUUGCUUGAAGCACAUACACAGGUGUGGUUCCUUGGCUUGCAGAAAAAUAAAGGAUCAAACUCACACACACGUUAGCUUCCGCAGAGGCUGACAGUUGGUUACUCUUUUGAAGGUUGUAGUGGAUUCUCAGGCUUGGCUGUCUUCCUCCUCCCAGGACCCUUUAUAACCACCUACUGAUGCACACAUAUUAUUAAAGGCAUAAUUGAGCACACCGAGCCUUUUGGUUUUGGAUCUCAGGAUUAUAGUCCACUCAAGGCUUCUCUGGUUUUAUGACUUUUUCUGCUUUCUUCACGCCAUCCUCUCCCAUAAGCACCCAUUCUAAUGUGGUGAUUACAUGUCUUUGAAUAUGAAUGUAUCCUUGUAAAACGCGGUGUUGUAUGUGUGAAUAUACUUUUUACAUCUGCAGCCUUGUGCUAGAGAUCUUGCGUUGUAUCCUUUUUCACUCAACAUGUGUUGCUCAUUCUCCGCCUGCUUCAUUGCUUUGAGCUGCUCUCUGGUAUUCCACAGUGGGUGUCAACUGCAUUUUACUCAUGUUUGCUACAUGCUGGACACCUGGGUGCCUCUAGCUCCUCAGCACGUAGACAAGGCCACAACGAACAUCCUUUCAUGUGUCCCCUUCUGUGCUUGUGUGGAAAGUUCUCCAGCAGAGGUACCUAAGAUGGGUUUGAUUACGGGUCAGACAGGUUAAUUUCUCUCUGGUUCUACCAAAGUUUUGUUUAGCUUGGUCACUGACCUUCCCACUUGAGGCUUCCCAUUUCUCCUUAUCCUCACCAGCACCUGUCAUUGCCCAACUUCCUAAUUUUUGGCAGUCUGAUGAGUGUAAAAUGGCACUGUGUUUUCAUGUACAUUCAUCCGAUUUGGGGAAUUUUUCAUAUACCUGUAGCCUUUCUGGUUUCCCUUGCUGUGCACUGCUCAUUUCUCUUUGCUUAUUUUCUCAUGGGAGCCUUCUGUCUUUUUUUGUUUAUUUUCAAGAGUCACUUGUGUAUCUCUGGGUGGUUGCAAAUAAAGAAUAGCACUUGUGUUUGUAUAUCUAGGGGUGCCCUUCACUGAACAGAAGUUCUUAAUUUUAAUGUAAAUGAAUUAACUAUUUUGUCAUAUCAUCUGUUAUGUUUUGAUUUCUUAUUUAAAAGUAGUUAAGAUGUUUUACAUUUUCUUCUGUUAGCUUACUAGUUUUCCCUUUCACAUAUAGAUCACUAAAUAGGGCUGAAGUCCAGCCGGUACAAGCUGGUAUGUGCACUGGCUGGCAUCUCUUCUGCAUGGUCAAACAUUUGUUCUCAUCGGUGGAUGCCAGGCUGUACUGGCUGCUAAAUAUUUUAAACUAUUGGAAAUUCACCUUUGUAUAUGAGAUCCAAGUUUUAUUUUCACCCCAUAAUGAGCCAGUUUUCUCAGUGCUGUCUACUAAUAAAACCAUUUCCCACUGAUAUGUGGUAUAAUUUUGGCAAAAGUUUAUCACCUUCCUAAAAAUUUUUUUGUUGGAAUAUGGCAUUCCUUUGAACUUGUAAUGUGGGAAAAAUACACAUAAUAAACCUUUAUAACAUUUAAAUAAUC